AUGGAUAAUCUGAUGCCUCAGUCAAGAUUCUCUUAUUUCAAAAAAUAUCCUCUCCAUGCAAUUAGAAAAUAUUUAUCGAUGCUGAGAAACCAAAAAGAGGAAGAACAGGUUGCACGUUUUCAAAAAAUUCCUAAUGCUGAAAAUGAGACAAUGAUUCCGGUAUUGACAUCAAAAAAAGCAAGUGAAUUACCAGUCAGUGAAGUUGCAAGCAUUCUCCAAGCUGAUCUUCAGAAUGGUCUAAACAAAUGUGAAGUAAGUCAUAGGAGAGCCUUCCAUGGCUGGAAUGAGUUUGAUAUCAGUGAAGAUGAGCCACUGUGGAAGAAGUAUAUUUCUCAGUUUAAAAAUCCCCUUAUUAUGCUGCUUCUGGCUUCUGCAGUCAUCAGUGUUUUAAUGCAUCAGUUUGAUGAUGCUGUCAGUAUCACUGUGGCAAUACUUAUCGUUGUUACAGUCGCCUUUGUUCAGGAAUAUCGUUCAGAAAAAUCUCUUGAAGAACUAAAUAAACUUAUGCCACCAGAAUGCCAUUGUGUGCGUGAAGGAAAAUUGGAGCAUACACUUGCACGAGACUUAGUUCCAGGUGAUACAGUUUGCCUUUCAGUUGGUGACAGGGUUCCUGCUGACUUGCGCUUGUUUGAGGCUGUGGAUCUUUCUGUUGAUGAGUCCAGCUUGACAGGAGAGACAACACCUUGUUCUAAGGUGACAGCUCCUCAGCCGGCUGCUACUAAUGGAGAUCUUGCAUCAAGGAGUAACAUUGCCUUCAUGGGAACACUGGUCAGAUGUGGCAAAGCCAAGGGUAUUGUCAUUGGAACAGGAGAAAAUUCUGAAUUCGGAGAAGUUUUUAAAAUGAUGCAAGCAGAAGAAGCACCAAAAACCCCUCUGCAGAAGAGCAUGGACCUUUUAGGAAAACAACUUUCCUUUUACUCCUUUGGUAUAAUAGGUAUCAUCAUGUUGGUUGGCUGGUUACUAGGAAAAGACAUACUGGAAAUGUUCACUAUUAGUGUAAGUUUGGCUGUAGCAGCAAUUCCUGAAGGUCUUCCCAUUGUGGUCACAGUGACUCUAGCCCUUGGUGUUAUGAGAAUGGUGAAGAAGAGGGCGAUUGUGAAAAAACUACCUAUUGUUGAAACUCUGGGUUGCUGUAAUGUGAUUUGUUCAGAUAAGACUGGAACGCUGACCAAGAAUGAAAUGACUGUUACCCACAUAUUUACUUCGGAUGGCCUGCGUGCUGAGGUUACUGGAGUUGGCUACAAUCCAUUUGGGGAAGUGAUUGUUGAUGGUGAUGUUGUCCAUGGAUUCUAUAACCCAUCUGUUAGCAGAAUUGUUGAGGCUGGCUGUGUGUGCAAUGAUGCUGUAAUUAGAAAUAACACUCUAAUGGGGAAACCAACGGAAGGAGCCUUAAUUGCUCUUGCAAUGAAGAUGGGUCUUGAUGGACUGCAACAGGAUUAUAUCAGAAAAGCCGAAUACCCUUUUAGCUCUGAGCAGAAGUGGAUGGCUGUUAAGUGUGUGCACCGAACACAACAGGACAGACCAGAGAUUUGUUUUAUGAAGGGUGCUUAUGAACAGGUGAUUAAGUAUUGUACUACAUAUCACAGCAAAGGGCAGACCUUGGCACUCACCCAGCAGCAGAGAGAUCUGUACCAGCAGGAGAAGGCCCAGAUGGGCUCUGCAGGGCUCAGAGUUCUUGCUUUGGCUUCUGGUCCUGAAUUGGGACAACUGACGUUCCUUGGUCUGGUGGGAAUCAUUGAUCCUCCUAGAACUGGUGUGAAAGAAGCUGUUACAACACUCAUUGCCUCGGGAGUGUCAAUAAAAAUGAUUACUGGAGACUCACAGGAGACUGCAGUUGCCAUCGCUAGUCGUCUGGGAUUAUAUUCCAAAACCUCCCAGUCAGUCUCAGGAGAAGAAAUAGAUGCAAUGGAUGUCCAGCAACUUUCACAAAUAGUGCCAAAGGUUGCAGUGUUUUACAGAGCCAGCCCAAGGCACAAGAUGAAAAUUAUCAAGUCUCUGCAGAAGAACGGGUCGGUUGUGGCCAUGACAGGAGAUGGAGUAAAUGAUGCAGUUGCUCUGAAGGCUGCAGACAUUGGAGUUGCGAUGGGUCAGACUGGCACAGAUGUUUGCAAAGAGGCAGCUGACAUGAUCCUGGUGGAUGAUGAUUUCCAAACCAUCAUGUCUGCAAUUGAAGAGGGUAAAGGGAUUUAUAAUAACAUUAAAAAUUUUGUUAGAUUCCAGCUGAGCACGAGUAUAGCAGCAUUAACUUUAAUCUCACUGGCUACAUUAAUGAACUUUCCCAAUCCUCUCAAUGCCAUGCAGAUUUUGUGGAUCAAUAUUAUUAUGGAUGGACCUCCAGCUCAGAGCCUUGGAGUAGAACCAGUGGAUAAAGAUGUCAUUCGUAAACCUCCACGCAACUGGAAAGACAGCAUUUUGACCAAAAACCUGAUACUUAAAAUACUUGUUUCCUCAAUAAUCAUUGUUUGUGGGACUUUGUUUGUCUUCUGGCGGGAGCUGCGAGACAAUGUGAUAACACCUCGGGACACAACAAUGACUUUCACGUGCUUUGUGUUUUUUGACAUGUUCAAUGCACUGAGUUCCAGAUCGCAGACCAAAUCUGUGUUUGAGAUUGGACUCUGCAGUAAUAAAAUGUUUUGCUACGCAGUUCUUGGAUCCAUCAUGGGACAGUUAUUAGUUAUUUACUUUCCUCCACUUCAGAAAGUUUUUCAGACUGAGAGCCUAAGUAUACUGGACUUACUGUUUCUUCUGGGUCUCACCUCGUCGGUGUGCAUAGUGGCAGAAAUCAUCAAGAAGGUUGAGAGGAGCAGAGAGAAGAUCCAGAAGCCUGUUAGCUCGACAUCGUCAUCUUUUCUUGAAGUAUGA